GCUCCUCCUCCUCUCGGAAGUGUACAGAGCCCGGGGAGAGGAGACUGACAACAUCCGGCCGGUGUAAGGGGCAGCCGGGGCUCACACCGAGGAGGAGCCUGCAUGGUAUUUGCCUCUCUGAACUUGGCGGAGCAUGGGUUUAUUUUCAAGUGGCGAAUAUGGAAGCGAGUGCCUCGGAUGAUGUGGAUAAACUGAAGUCGCGUUUUUUAUCUGCGUGGCAUAAUGUGAAGUAUAGCUGGGUCCUCAGAACAAGAACAUAUUUUAGGCGGAAUUCACCGGUGUUUCUGCUCGGAAAAUGUUACCACUUCAAACUGGAAGGCUCGAGUGAGGUCUUUCCUGAUGACUUGGAGACCAAGACGGUGGCCAAUGGAGAUGCAUGCGGUACAGUGGAGGAGUUCCGAAAGGACUUUAUCUCUAGGAUAUGGCUCUCGUACAGAGAAGAGUUCCCCCAGUUGGAAGGGUCAACCUGGACGACAGACUGUGGUUGGGGCUGCACUUUGCGGACUGGACAAAUGCUUCUGGCUCAGGGACUAUUAGUUCAUUUUAUUGGACGAGAUUGGUUAUGGCCCAACGCCCUAGAGAUUUACAGCUCGGAUUCCGACUUCUGGUCUGUCAACAGCGCAAAAAAGCUCGCUCCAAUCGAGGCGUCAUAUGUUGACCAUAUGAACUAUGGUACCACCUCUAGCAAGCCAUUACACAUCAAAGACUAUGAUGAGAAUAACCAAGCCGAGUUCUACCAUAGGAAGAUCGUCUCUUGGUUUGUGGACCACCCCUCGGCUGACUUUGGUAUACAUCGGCUGAUCAAGCUUGGCAAGAGCUCUGGCAAAGCUGCGGGUGAUUGGUAUGGACCAGCCAUUGUGUCUCACAUCUUGAGAAAAGCAAUUGAGGAGUCUGUAGACCCUGAGCUGCGAGGGAUCACCAUUUAUGUUGCUCAGGAUUGUACAAUUUACGGCGGAGACGUGUACGACCAACAGAACAACUCGGACUGUGAAAAAGCCGUUCUGAUUCUGGUUCCGGUGAGGCUGGGCGGAGAGAGGACCAACAUGGAGUAUUUUGAGUUUGUGAAGGGUAUUCUAAGCCUUGAAUACUGCAUAGGAAUAAUUGGUGGGCGGCCAAAGCAGUCUUAUUUCUUUGUAGGAUUUCAAGAUGACAGUUUGAUAUACAUGGAUCCUCAUUACUGCCAAUCUUUUGUAGAUGUCAGCAAAAAGGAUUUCCCUCUCGAGUCAUUCCACUGCCCCUCGCCGAAGAAAAUGCCAUUCCGAAAAAUGGAUCCGAGUUGCACGAUUGGAUUUUAUUGCAAAAAUACUCAGGACUUUAAGAAGGUUGAGGAGGAGCUCACAAAGGUUCUAAAUUCUUCCAGCAAACAGAACUAUCCAUUAUUUACCUUUGUCAAUGGACACGCUCAAGACUUUGAUUUCGCUUGCUCGCCGCCGUUCGAGAAGUCUGACCUUUUCAUGGAGGAGGACAAGACGAGAUUAAAUAGCUACAGCGCAGAGGACUUUGUCUUGCUGUAAAAGUUUUUUUUUUUUCUUCGUUCCUGGCGGUCCUCUAUAGUCUAUCCAACUGCAAAUCCUACAACACUAGACUGUUAUUGUUCAUUGUUUUUAUUUUUACAAUCUGUUUUUUUAAAUUAAAAAUUUUAAUGUUUUUAGACCUCCUUUAAAAAAAAAAAAAGAAAAGAAAAAAUCUAUUUUAAGAAAGCAGAUCUUUGGAAGAUGGUUACACCAGACGAUGUGCUUUUUGGAAGGCUCAUGUGAACUUUGCGUUUUUUUGUUUUGUAUCUAAAUAGUGGAAGUUUAAAGCUUCACCAUUGUACAUUUUUGAUAUUUUGAAAUUCUGGUUUGAUGGCUACAAAAGAAUAAAUUCGCAAGGUGGAUUUAGAGGUU